CAAUGAUUCAAAAAAAUUCUUGUUUUUUUAUAAAGGGAGAUUCUUUUUAGCCUCUUUUCAAUGUUGUUGUUUUUUCUUUUUGGGUGUUUCUAGUUCUGUUCUUUAAGUUAGAACAAAACUGGUAAAAAGCCCUUUUUUUUAAAUUCAUUUUUGUGUUUGUUUGGCCAAGAACACUUAGCUUUCUUGUUAAUGUCCUUGGCUGUUGGAGUUGCUGAAAACAGCAGGAACAUGGGUUUUGAUGAUAAUAAGGUAGAAGGUAAAAAAGGGUCAGCAACAAUUUCAGAGGGUAAUAAGGGAAUUGUAGCUGAUUCUGACCCUGAGAUUGAGAAUGGUGGUGGACCUGUUGAGAAUAGGGUUAAUAGACAAAUGAGUGAAAGUUCUAUUUAUACUACUGAUCAAGAAGAAGAGGAUGAUGAUGAAGCUAAUAACAAGAUUGAGUUGGGUCCUCAAUGUACCCUCAAAGAACAAUUUGAAAAGGAUAAGGAUGAUGAGAGUUUGAGAAGGUGGAAGGAGCAGCUCCUUGGAAGUGUGGAUAUCAAUGCUGUUGGAGAAUCCCUGGAUCCGGAAGUGAAGAUCUUGAGCCUUGCAAUUAAAUCGCCUGGUAGAUCUGAUAUUGUUCUCCCUAUUCCCGAGGAUGGAAAUCCCAAGAGCCCAUGGUUUGUCCUGAAAGAAGGGAGCAAAUACAGCCUAAAUUUUACAUUCCAGGUCAACAACAAUAUAGUGACAGGUCUUAAAUACACGAACGCAGUUUGGAAAACCGGUAUCAAAGUUGACAGCACGAAACAGAUGAUUGGGGCGUUCAGUCCUCAACUGGAGCCUUAUACGCACGAAAUGCCAGAGGACACCACCCCUUCUGGCAUUUUCGCAAGAGGAUCUUACUCGGCAAGGACAAAGUUCCUUGAUGACGAUAACAAGUGCUAUUUGGAGAUCAACUAUACAUUCGAAAUCAAGAAAGAGUGGCAGGGAAAAUGAAUGACAACGCCAUGACAUGAAUCGUUGCCCCCAUACUAUACUUGUUUUCGUUCUUCGUAAUUAUCUCUAAAAUUUUUUCCUGCUAGUUUUUCAUAAGAGAAAAAGGAGAGGGGAAAAGAGAGCAAACAACCUGCUGCAAUUGAUUAUAUGAUCAAAAGCUCUCUUUUUUGCCUCUCUCUAUCAAGUUUCAUGUGCAUAAGUGUGAUUUUUGAAUGUUGUAAAACUGUGAAGAAAUCUUUUCAAGAAUCUAGAUAUUUUGUUCAUCAAA